AUGCAGGAGAAGUGCUACAAGAAGACGGUGGGGGAGGAGGCGACGUUCCUGGAGACCGCCAAGGACUACAUCAACCAGUUCAAGGAGAUACCCGCUCAGAAGCACUGGAUCUGCCUCAAGAACUACAUCAAUCAGAAGUGCGGCUCGGUAGUGUCGCUUGCGCCCACCCCUCUCCUCUUCUCGAUAUCCCGUUCGUUCGAUGAUAAGUGCUACAAGAAGACGGUGGGGGUGGAGGCGACGUUCCUGGAGACCGCCAAGGACUACUUCAACGAGGAGAUACCCGCUCAGAAGCACUGGAUCUGCCUCAAGAACUACUUCAACCAGAAGCACUGGAUCUGCCAUGCUAGUCUUUGUUUUUGGGUUGUGUUCGGCAAGCAGAAGGUCGAGCCUGCACCAGAGAAAGGAGCUGGAGAUGCAGGAGAAGUGCUACAAGAAGACGGUGGGGGAGGAGGCGACGUUCCUGGAGACCACCAAGGACUACUUCAACCAGUUCAAGGAGAUACCCGCUCAGAAGCACUGGAUCUGCCCCAAGAACUACAUCAACCAGAAGUGCGGCUCGGUAAUGUCGCUUGCGUGCACCCCUCUCCUCUUCUCGAUAUCCUGUUCGUUCGAUGA